UUAAAUGGCCACACUGUACACAGCCGUGUACCGUACAGCACCGUAAUAACGCUGUUACGGUGAUAUUGCGGUAAACAGCUCCACAAACACAGCCUGUGGUAGUUGUCGGCGUUCCUCUCUUUAAUCUUAACGGACAUUUUAACUGUUAAAUUAGUUCUAGAAGGUAAAAAAUGAGCGAGGAGGAUGAGUUUGUGCAGAAAGCCCGAGCAGGGUUUGAGGAUCUGUGUCGGGCUCUGAACAUGGACGAAGAGGCGAGCAGCGAGGCGUGGAAGACCUACCAAAACAUCAGCAGGAACUUCACUCUAGAGGGCAGUGAGCUGCACUGGCUGGCGUGUGCUCUGUACGUAGCCUGCAGGUCGUCUGUGCCGACGGUGGGAAAAGGCACCGCUGAGGGGAACUACGUCUCCCUGACCAGAAUCCUGCGCUGCUCAGAGAUGAGCCUGAUUGAGUUCUUCAAUAAGAUGAAAAAGUGGCAGGACAUGUCCAACCUGCCGCAGGACUUCCGUCAGAGCACCCACAAGCUGGAGAGAAACUUCACCGUGUCGGCCGUCAUCUUUAAGAAGUACGUUCCCAUCUUCAAAGCCAUCUUCAAGGCGCCAUUGGAGGAGCCGCCGCGAGUUCACCGCAGCCGCAAACAGAGACGCCAUCCCUGCACUGUGACCGAGGUCUUUAACUUUUGCUGGGUGUUAUUUGUCCAUGCUAAAGGGAACUUCCCCAUGAUUAGCGACGACCUGGUGAACUCGUACCACCUGCUGCUGUGCGCCCUCGACCUCGUCUUCACGAACGCUUUGCUGUGUAACGCCAGGAAGGACCUGCUCAACCCCAGCUUCAGAGGUCUCCCGGAGGACUUUGGCAGUAAAGACUACCGGCCCUCUUCAGGUCCGUACUGCUUCAUGGAGCAGCUGUGUGAGCUCCAUGACGGUCUGGUGCUGGAGGCGAAAGGAGUCAAAGAACACUUCUGGAAACCUUUCAUCAAGAAACUUUUCCACAAGAGGAUCAUCAGAGGGAAAGAGGACAGUCUGACUGGAUUUCUGGAUCCCAUGAACUUCGGAGACAGUUUUCUGUCUCUGACUCGGGUGUACGAGGAACACGUUCUGGCCACCGGCAGUCUGGAUGAGAGGAUCUUCACCAACGAGGGGGCGAGCGAGGACAUUGGCACCCCGGGGCCCUGCCUGUCUGAGGGCGCUGAGAACCAGGACAGCGCCACUUACAGGCUUCACACUAGCCUCACUGCCUCAGCUCUGAAGGUGUCCACCCCUCUGACGGGGAGGAAGUACGUUCAGGAGAACAGCCUGGCGUCUCCGGUCUCCUCCGCCAUGAAGAGCGUGGGCCGUCUGCACACGCUGCUGUCAGGAACCAAACAGGGACCGAGCGCCAAGCUGACAGAAACUCUCAGGAACUGCGCCAGAGACCCCAGUGAUGUCAUCAAACAGCGACUGAAGGACAUGUUCGAGCUGCUCUGUCAGCAUUAUGAGGGCAGCGGUGCAGAGAGCAGAGGGAUGGGCAAAGACAUGGCGGUGAAGUAUUUCCACCUGGCGGAGGCGCUCUACUUCAGGAUCCUGGAGUCCAUCACAGAGAGAGAGAAGAUGAUUCUGGGAGACGCCGACCUCUCAUGUAUUCUGGAGCAGGACGUCUUCCAUCGCUCACUGCUCACCUGUUGUCUGGAGAUCGUCGUCUUCUCCUACAGACCUCCAGGAGAUUUCCCCAACCUGAUCUCCAUAUUCCAGCUGCCUGCCUAUCAGUUUUACAAGGUGAUUGAGGUGUUGGUGCGCUCGGAGCAGGGGCUGUUUCGGGAGGUAGUGAAGCACCUCAACCAGGUGGAAGAGCAGGUUCUGGAGAGUUUGGCCUGGACGAGCGACUCCCCUCUGUGGGAGAGCCUCCGCGGGGCCAAAGACCAGGUCCCUGCCUGCCAACAGGUGAUGCCUCCUCAGUAUCUGGAACAGAGCGAAGAGAGCACCCCGGCCAACCACGGACCUGAACUCAACCAACUCACCAACAGCUCCAUCAAAGGCGUGUCCCCGUCUCCCACCACGCUGCUGGACCGCUACAGCUCUCCUCCCACCGGCCAGGCUCGCCGCCGCCUCUUCAUCGACCCGGUGGACGGCGAGGCUCGAGUCACCUCCACCAGCACCGCCAGCACAGUGGCACCUACCGCAGCAACCAAGACGGGACAGGCCAACCUAGUGACCGCCAUCCCAGCUGGGCAGACUGUGGUCACCAUGGCGACCGCCACCGUCACCGCCAACAACGGGCAGACGGUCACUAUACCGGUGCAGGGUAUAGCCAAUGAGAGCGGAGGGAUCACCUUCAUCCCGGUGCAGGUGAGCGUCACCGGGCAGGGCGGCGCCACGCUGCAGCCGCUUUCAGCACAGACGCUGACCGGCACGCUCACCGUCCAAUCAGCUCUCACCAAACCUGCAGCCACCACGCCGACCAGCAGCCCGCUGAGGAAAGGCUCGCUGUCGCUCUUUUUCAGGAAGGUGUACCACCUGGCCAGCGUGCGUCUCAGAGACCUCUGUGCCAAACUAGACAUCUCUUCAGAGCUGAGGAGGAAAAUCUGGACGUGUUUCGAAUAUUCUCUGGUUCACUGCACUGAGCUGAUGAGGGACCGGCAUCUCGACCAGCUGCUCAUGUGUGCUGUCUACGUCAUGGCCAGGGUGACCAAAGAAGACAAAUCGUUCCAGAACAUCAUGAAGUGUUACCGGACUCAGCCUCAGGCCAGCAGCAAUGUGUACAGGAGUGUGUUGAUCUCAGGAAGGAGAAAAAGUCACUCAGACACCAACGAGACAAACAAACACAGCUCACCUGCCGACAGCAGCCAGGAUCCAGCAGGUGGAGACAUCAGUCCUGUGUGUAUUCGCUCCAGCAGCACCAUGCCCACCCCCCAGCCUGGCAGCGCCCCCUCCACCCCCACCAACACCUCAAACAAAACCCUCACUGUGGGGGACAGGGAGGAGGAGCGAGGAGACCUGAUCCACUUCUACAACAACAUUUACAUCAAACAGAUGAGGAACUUUGCUCUGAAAUAUUCUGUGAGCUCGCCGUCAGCGGGGGUGGAGACCCCCCCUCUGUGUCCGUACCCCUCCAUGAGGACCGGAUCCCCUCGUCGGAUGCUUCUGUCCAGCAAACACUCCAUCUACAUCUCACCUCACAAGACAGGCUCCGCCCCCUCGCUACAGACCCCUCAAGACAAGAUCUACUACUACAUCUGCAGCAGCCCCCCCAACCGUCUGCAGGAGAUCAACAGUAUGAUUCGGACUGGAGAGACUCCGACCAGGAAGCGCAGCCUCCCUCUGGAGGAGGAGACGUCCCCGAAGAGAGUCUGUCCAGACAACCACUCAGCUCUGCUGCGCCGCCUGCAGGACGUCGCCAACGACCGCAGCUCCUCACACUGAGGCCACACACACACACACACACACACACACACGUUAGCUAGCUAGCUAGUUAGUUUUUAACUCCUCAUUCCAUCCGUCUGUUCUCGAUACCAGAAUGUAUUUUCAGUUACUGAAGUGAAGGUGUGAUGAAGUUUUAUUAGUCAUGAUCUCGUUUAUAUGAUACUAACUUUAAUUUCCCUUUAAGACAUAUUUUAUCCAUCAUGAACGUUUGUUUCUAAUCAUUAGAUCAUUAUUAAUCUUUAAAUGUGAUUUUAUCGUCACAUCAGCACAAACUGUGGUCUUAAUCAAAUUCUUUGUGUUCUUCUUCCUGUUAUCAUUUUUUAAACUCCUCCUCUUCUGCCUCUCUAUUUUAACUCCCCCACUUCCUGAUAUAAUGUAUUUUAAACUCCAUAUUACUCCUCCUUUUUUUCCUGUUAUUAUCUUCUAUUUUAAUCCGACCGUCACCUUCGCUGCCCUGUCGUGAUGAAAAGUGUGUAAAUAUUUGUAAAAAAAAAAAGAAAGAAAGAAAGUAAAAGCUAUUUUAUGGAGGUGAUGUAAGUUAAGUGCCUUUAUUUUUUACUGUUUGUUUGUUUACAUCCAAUAAACUUUACCUUUAUUAGAUUUUCUUGAUCAAAAAAAAAAAUCUAAUAUGAUGGAUUAAAAUGUUUAAAGUGACUCAGUUGAUCCUGUGUUUUUGUUUUUAUGACUCUAUGCAUUCAUUCAGACCAAAAAUAUAUAAAAAACAACAUAAACAUGGUUCACAAUCCAGUUCCAUAUGGAAUACAUUAAACAUAUUCUAUAAAACAUGGGAGCAUUUUGAAUAAAUAAUAGCUAAAAUCUUCACAUCCUAAAAUAUUAACCCUCUGAACCCCACCUACCACCAAAGUAUGUUUUUGUUUAAUUGCCAAAAUAACACAAGAAACUGCUCUGGAAGGUUGGAGAUCUCCUAACAUCACGUUUGGUCAUUUUC